CUGCGCCGGGCAGGGCGGUGGCUGCGGCGUUGAGGCUCAUAACCGCCCCGGUUCGGGCUUUGCUGCAUCCCAGCGCGGCCGUGCUGAGGACCGAGCCUCCCUCCCCAACCCCGUCUCGUCGCACCCCAGCCAUGCCCACGGAGACCGAACGCUGCAUCGAGUCCCUGCUAGCCGUCUUCCAGCGGUACGCAGGGCGCGAGGGGGACAACUGCACGCUCUCCAAGAGGGAGUUCCUGGCCUUCAUGAACACCGAGCUGGCUGCCUUCACGAAGAAUCAGGACCCAGGUGUUGUGGACAGGAUGAUGAAGAAACUCGAUUUGAAUAGCGAUGGGCAGCUAGAUUUCCAAGAGUUCCUGAACCUCAUCGGGGGCAUUGCGGUGGCCUGCCACGAUACCCUGAUUGUUAAGGCCCCUCACCCUUAGCCCUGGCUGCUGCAUCUCCCCCCACCGCUGUGAACAUUCCUCGAACCAGACCGAUGCAAAGCUGGAAGCAGCGCCUUUAAGAUGGGGACAUCCCCACUCCUCAUUUUUAUGUAUAAAAUAAAAGGUUUAAAAUCCUA